AUGCUGGGGCCGGACCGCCCCCGGCCGCCCUGCCUCGUGAGCAGGCCCCAGGCUGCGCCGAAGAGCGGCCGCGGCUCGGGGCCCGCUGGGCAGGCGGAGGCCAGCACCGACGGCUGGCUGGGGGCCACCACCUCCAGCUUCCGCAGCACCAUCUCGUGGCCGCACAAGAGCCAGCCGUGCUCCCUGGACGCGUCGACCAGCGGUUUCUUCCCCACGACGUCGCACCCCAGCGUGCUGCCCAUCGUGACGCCGCGGGGCAGCUCCUCGCCCGGGCGAUCGCCAGCGCUGUCUCGGACCGUGCCGUGUGCGCCAGCGGUGGCCGACGUCCAGACCUUCUCCAGGAGCAGGAAGUGCCGCCUGAAGGCCAGGGAGCACGCCUUCACGCUCUGCAAGGAGCGGUCCCCCGCGGACGUGCCGGAGGCGCCGGCCUCGCUUCCGCGGGCCACGGCCGCCGGGGCGCUGUCGCGCGCCGGGCGGGGCGUCGGGGGCGUGGCGCGCAAGCCGGCGUACAAGGACUGGCUGCGCUCGGCGCAGCUGGCGCACGGCAGGGCGCUGCGGUCCGGUGGAGGUGCCAGCGGCGGCGCCGCAGACACCGCAUGA